UCCAGACAGUCCCUUUUGCCCUGGCUUGCCUUCAGAUGUAAAUCCUUUCGCAGGUCUGUAAAUUGUUGUGAAGGAAAACAAAAAGGAAAAGUCAUGAUGUUCGAGAAGGGCCGGAUUUUGAUUAAAGGAGGUAAGGUGGUGAAUGAGGAUCACUCCGAGCUGGCAGAUGUGUUUAUAGAGGACGGAAUGAUCCAGGCGGUGGGUUUAGACCUGCAGGUGCAGGAGAGCGGGACUCGGGUGCUGGAUGCCAGGGGGAAACUGCUGCUGCCCGGAGGAAUAGACACGCACACACAUAUGGAGCUGGAAUUCAUGGGCACUGUGUCGGUGGAUGAUUUCCGCUCAGGUACCAAGGCCGCAGUAGCCGGAGGAACCACCAUGAUCCUGGAUUUUGUCCUUCCUCGAAAAGGAACAUCUCUGCUUGAGGCGUAUGACAAAUGGAGGAGGAUGGCUGACGCACAAGUGUGCUGUGACUAUUCCCUCCAUGUCGCUGUUACCUGGUGGGAUGAUACUGUGAAAGAGGAAAUGGAAACUCUUGUUCGAGAGAAAGGAGUAAACUCUUUCAAGACGUUUAUGGCGUAUAAAGAUGUCUUCAUGCUGCGUGAUGACGAGCUCUAUGCAGUUUUCUCUCACUGUAAAGACAUUGGAGCCAUCGCACAAGUCCAUGCUGAGAACGGAGAUCUGAUUGCAGAGGGGACUAAGAGAAUGCUGUCUUUGGGAAUCACAGGACCUGAGGGUCAUGAACUCUGUCGCCCUGAGGAGGUGGAAUCAGAGGCCACUCAACGUGCCAUCACCAUCGCCCACAGUGUCAACUGCCCUCUGUAUGUGGUGCAUGUCAUGAGCAAAUCAGCUGCUAAAGUGGUGGCUGCUGCUCGCAGGAACGGGCGAGUGGUGUUUGGCGAACCCAUAGCCGCUGGCCUGGGUACUGAUGGCACUCAUUACUGGCACAAGGACUGGGCACAUGCAGCAAGAUUUGUUAUGGGACCCCCGCUAAGACCGGACCCCAGUACACCAAGCUACCUCAUGGAUCUGCUUGCUAAUGAUGAUCUGACUGUAACUGGGACUGAUCACUGCACAUUCUCAAUAUGCCAGAAAGCCCUGGGUAAAGACGACUUCACUAGAAUCCCUAACGGUGUUAACGGCGUGGAGGAUCGCAUGUCUGUCAUCUGGGAGAAAGGCGUGCAUAGCGGCAAAAUGGAUGAAAAUCGAUUUGUGGCGGUCACCAGCAGCAACGCAGCCAAAAUCUUCAACCUUUAUCCACAGAAAGGGAGGAUUGCUAAAGGCUCAGAUGCAGACCUGGUUAUUUGGGACCCAAAUGCUACCAGGGUGAUUUCAGCAAAGACCCACCACCAGUCAGUGGAUUAUAACAUCUUCGAGGGGAUGGAGUGCCACGGUGUUCCUAUAGUGACCAUCUCCGGAGGCAGAUUGGCGUACGAAAAUGGCCGUGUUUUGGCUGAACCUGGGAUGGGAAGAUUUAUUCCAAGAAAGCCCUACUCUGACUUUGUGUACAAAAGAAUAAAACAAAGGGAUCAGAUUAAACAACCCAGUGCAGUGGUCAGGAUGCCCUAUGAAGGAGAAAUCAGUGUUUCAAGAAAAACACAGUCGCAAAUGUCAAUUAAUUAGCCUUGAUUUCUUUUAGGAUUUUAAAGUUGGUAUACGGUACUGUAUAUAUAUAUAUGUAUAUGAUAUAUAUGCACUUACAUCGAUAGAUAGAUUGUAUAGAUUCUAUAGAUUGGAUAGAUUGUAUCUAUACAUCCUAUUUAGAAUGCAGUACUGAAACUGUGUACGUCAUUUUCCCAAAGAUAUGGUGUGAGAAAUCAAAUUCUUUUUAUAUUUGUUGGCCUUCGUCAGUUUAUUUUCAGCAGAUCCCCUACAGCACUGGCUGAAAUACACAUACACACACACACACACACACACACACACACACACACACACACACACACACACGCUAUGAAUCACCGCCAUGAUUCACAGAAACCUACAGACAUGCAUCACAGUGUUUACUUGCUCCCGAGCAAAACAUCUCAAAUAUUGGAUCCAUUGGUUCAUAGCUACUGGUUGUUGCAGGGUGAUUUUUAGUUUCUUACUUUGUCUUCAUGUUUAUAAAAAAAAGGUUGCUUUGCUGCAACACGCACAAUAACAGUAUUGCUCAUUGAUUUUUGUGCCAAGUGGCUGUGCCAAAUACUGAGCAAGCAUUUGCCUAUAUUUCUUCUUGUCCCUUUGGGAAAUGGCCUUACUGUGGAUGCAGAAAGUUUGGGCUCAUUUGCUGCAUUUUCUGUAUUCAGCUUGGUCAGUGUCUUCAGAUCUAUUUGAUUUAUCAUGUGGAGCAGGCUAAGCAGGUUAGCAGGCUAACCCUCAAGGUGUUCAUCUGAUUUGAAAUUUGUUGUUGAUUGUACUAAUGUUGAUUAGGAUAUACUUCAGUGUAAUAUAGUAAUGCAAAAAUUACAAGAAAUCUCGGUCACGGUGGAAAGGCUUAGAUGGAUAUGAGUGCAGUUAAAGGUGGGGUCUCCGUUGUUCGAGAAAUGCUUCAGAAAACUGCGUUGGGCCGCCAAACAAAACAAAUACAAAGCUAAUGUGUAGCCAAUGAGCAGAGAGGGGCGUGUCUGUCAAUAUGGGC